AUGCCCAUCGCGGUAGCGGGAAAACGUCUCUGCGUCAAUCCCGAUUGCAAUUCUUCCCUCUUCACCUACGUGGGCUCCGAUUGUGUAAAGAAAUUUCUCGAAUGGCUCAAUGAACAGAUCGAGGAAGCGCACAUUAUCGAUUUACAUUGUUCAAAAGACAGUCUUGAACAUAUGUCUUCGCGUGAUUGGAAGAAGUUUGUCUCGCAGCAGCAUUGCGAGAUGUGUGGCAUUGAAUUCACUAUAGGCGUGAAAAAGUGCAUCGACCAUUGUCACUUGCAAGCGGAUCGGAUGCGAUACGUGCUCUGUAAUCGUUGCAACUUGACUUAUGCUUCGGAAAGGGAAUUACAGAUCAGUUGUUUGGCGCAUAAUGCCACGAGAUAUGACAAUCACCUUUUUGUAGAGGAAUUGGCAAAACAAGAUGGAGAAUCGAAUAAGUUUCGAAUAUUGCCUAAAAACUCAGAGCACUACUUGGCCAUAUAUUGUCAAACGUUAGUCUUCCUGGAUAGUUUUCAAUUCUUGCCCUCGUCUUUAGCAAAUCUAGUGGAAUUGAUGAAAAACAAAACUAGCACUAUUGUAGACCCGGAAAGUGGGAUGAAGCAGAACCAGAUCGCAUUUCCUCUCCUCUCCGAAUACGUGAAAGGAUCGAGUGAAAUGUACGAUCUUUUGUUGCGCAAGGGUGUCUUUUGCUACGAAUAUCUGGACAGACCAUCAAAACUUCAAGAGAGGCAGUUUCCGCCGGUCGAGACAUUUUUCAAUUCGCUGAAAAAACAACCCAUUUCAUCGGAGGAUUACGAGCAUGCAACAAAGGUAUGGCGAACAAUGAACUGCAAGACCCUUGGUGAUUAUCUUGUAGUCUAUCUCCAAACAGACGUUUUACUACUAGCCGAUUGUUUUGAGAAAUUUCGUGCCAUGUCCAUGAAACAUUUUCAAUUAGAUCCAGUAAAAUAUAUAUCGGCCCCUCACAUGACAUUCGAUGCCAUGCUCAAAAUGACAAGAGUUCAUAUAGACUUGAUAGAAGACCUGGAGCAAUAUCUGUUUGUCAAAAAAGGCAUUCGUGGAGGUGUCGCUUCCAUUUUCCAACGACGGGCCCACAUAUCUGUUGACGAUGAUGAUGAUGUUGAAGAGAAGGGGGUAUUUUCAGGAGAAGCAGACAAGAAGAGUGGCGCGCAGAUAUUUGCCCUUGACGCGACGAAUCUCUACGGCUACUCCCUCAGUCAAGAUUUACCGCACGGAAACUAUCGCUGGAUCGAGGUUGACGACCCGAACGAAUUGAAUGUUUUGUCUUUGUCAGACGAUAGCACUACAGGAUACAUACUAGAGGUGGACCUCGAAUAUCCUACUUGUCUACACGAUUCGCACAAUGACUUUCCUUUAGCGCCAGAGAAACUGUGCAUAUGCCCUUCGCAGUGGAGUCCGCUAAUGCAUGUUUUGGCGGGAAAACUAAUGGAUCCCUCACAAAUACGAAGUGCCGCCACCGGAGAAAAACUGAUUCCUCAUCUUGGACCGAGAACAAAUUACAUUGUCUAUCUGAAAAACCUGCUAUAUUAUCUUCAGCUGGGCAUGACGCUGAGCAAAGUGCAUAGGAUUCUGGCUUUCGAUCAGUCGCCUUGGAUGAAAGAUUUCGUCAGCUUCUGCACGGAGCAGAGGAAGGCCGCGGCAAACAAUCCCUUCGAAUCUGACUUUUGGAAAAAAGCGAUUAAUUCUUGCUACGGGAAAUUCCUCCAAGACAAAACAAAGCACAUCAAUAUGAGUCUAGUGUCGGACAAGAGAAAAUUCCUAACAAAAACGAGCAAACCGAAUUUCAAGUCAGUUACCAUUUACAAUAGGAAACUGGUAGGCAUACAAAUGAAACCCCGCAGCAUACUUCUGGAUCGUCCCAUCACAGCGGGAAUGGUCUGUCUCGAAACAAGCAAAAUGAAAUUGUGCAAAAUGCACUAUGACUUCAUUAAGCCAUUGUACGGGGACCGGUGCCACCUGUUGAUGACGGACACGGAUAGCCUGCUGUAUUUCUUGGAAGAAUAUGAGGGGAACGUGGACGAGGACUUCUUCGCGAACCGACGCUAUUUCGAUCUGUCUAAUUAUCCGAAAGACUCGCCCUACUUCUGCGAAACGAACAAAAAAGUUCGAGGUACUUUCAAGCGAGAGGAUGCGUGCGAUCCCAUUGUGGACUUUGUUGGUUUGCGUGCCAAAAUGUACAGUACAAGACAUCGGUCGGAGGCAGUCACCAGCAAGGCCAAGGGUUUGCCCAGAUGCGUUAUGCAAAGCAUUGGCUUUGAGCAGUACGAAGAUGCGCUAUACAUGAACACAUCUUCACAAGCGGCACCCAGUACGUGUAAUUUUAAAUCGAUUAGGUCGAAAAAACUAAAGCUUUAUACAUUAACGCAAGAGAAAAAAAGCUUUGUCACCAUUGGACACGAAACGCUGGCUGUGCAAAGAUAA